AUGAGGAAGAGCAGCCCAAGUUCUAGUACCCCUUCCUCCCGGAGCCAGUUUCCCGCAGGUGGACAGCCACGCACCAGCGGCGCUGCUAGUAAGCCAAUGACCCCUGUGCAGGGCGGACAGCCACGCACCGGUGCGGGCACCGCUAGUAGGCCCAUCACUCCCGUGCAGGGAGCAGGUAGGCGCAACAGCCCCGCGCCAGUCUCGGCCUUUUCUAUGUCUAGCUCGUCUUCCCCUUCCUCCGGGACCAGGAGCCCGUCAAAAUCUCCUCCCCAGAAGACCACAACCAUCACCACCACCGCUACCGCCGUCCCCACCACCAGCAACCAGGUCGAUCACCCAGGCGGGCUAGUCAUCAAGCUCAAGUCAGACGCAACGGGCGGCGCAGAGACCCAGGUGGCCGACCAUGAUCCUCUCUUCCUGGCGGUGGUAGCAGCUGUCAACCUUGGCCUCAAAAUGCUUGAAUAUCCAGCAGGAAAAGAACGUCUUAUUCAGUGUCUGACUGGAGAGGGCGAGACGGAGAAGUCCGACUGGGCUCGGCCAGCCAAAGGACUCGCUGGUUAUGUUGGAUCGAAAGCUGGCCUCCUUUCCCUCAACAAAUUUAUCUUCGAAACCAUCGUCAAAGCUUCGGAGCAAUUUCAGAAGGGAAACAAAGACUAUGUAAGGACUUACGAGUUACAGAUGGCUCUCAUGGGCAUCACCGUCGCCCACGAGUUGUGCCACUUCUUCACUGGCUACUUGACCGGGCAGAAAGAGUUCCAUACGCCCCCAGGUAUCAGGUACCUGGAUAGAGACCUCAACGUCAUCAACGGCAAGCUGGUUGGCGAGUCCGGCCGCGCGUGGGAAGCCAGUCUCAUUGGCGGCGAGCUCCGCCACCUUACCGAGCCUCUGGCCGACGGGGCUCCCCCGGAAAAGCACCCGCUGGGCUACCGACAAGCCGGCGAUCUUUGGCUGUUGAACGAUAACCUUGGUGGCAUCGCCGUGGUUGAUCGCGAAUGUAUCACAGCGCUUCUGAAGUUCGACUUUGCCAAGGCGUUUCCCUUCCGCACCACGGGCACUCAGCAAAAUAUCAUGCUUGUCAAGGCAACCCGCCUCAGGAUGGACGAGAUGCGGAAUCUGGCUCUCGGCAAGGCCGCGGAUAUAAGCCACCAAAGAAGCAACUUAUCAAAGCGGACCUGGAUGCCCAUAACGCGCUCCGGAAGCGUGAUUUCAGUGGCAAGGAUUUCAGACGCCUCAUUAUGAUCCCCUCGCAGCCCAAGUACAUUUUCCAGCCAGUUGUCUGAAGAAAGAAGCAGAGACGGGUGGACAGUCUGACCGUGAUCAGUAUCGUGGUGUUUGGCUGCAGGGCUACUACCUGCUGUUGCAAUAUAUAGACUGAGCUUCCUGGUGAACUUAUUACUGUCAGGGCUGGUACCUCGGUAGAACGGACGAAGGGCGUUCAGGAGCUUGAUUAUAUACAAUAUUGGCUAUGAUGGCUUGCCAGCGAGGCGGCUGGACUGUUUCAGCCCCGCUACCUCCUCUGCUGGGUAUGCUACGUUGAUCAUUUUGAAGGAUCAGUUUGUCCGAAUAGUUUGACUUAUGUGACUGAGAGGGCGUCUAAGGGCAACAGGGAGAGUUAAGUGAAAACAAGGUUUUGAUGCCAACACUCGAACCCAAAGCUGCCACUGAGAUUGAUGUUGAGCGGUAGCCAGAGGUUGGGGAUUGAGAAACAACAA